AGCGCCUGAAAGCCAACGACAACCUCAAGUUUUCCCAGGAAUACGAGCCGACUAAAACUCUCGAGACUUCCCAAAGUACCAGACAACCCCUCCAGCAACACAUUUAUGAAGACCCAGAUGCAUUAUUGGAUUCUGGUGGAGUCCAAGCAGAUGUCAGACCAGCACCUCAACCCAGAAGGAAAAAGGUUCAGUUCAGCGACGCCAUCGACUCCUCCAGCCAAGUCAAUGUGGCCAAUGUAAACCAAGCAGUAAACCCGAUCAAACCAGAGUCUUUGGACCUUCCUCCCACCUUCAAGCCGCCUCAGCCUUACCGUUCUGCUCUCAAACCCCCGGUAGCCAGCAAAAAAACCCCAACCGGCGAUGAUCGGUCGAGACCAGCGACACCUGGUUCACCUGCUGAGCCCCAACCUCUGAGUGCAGACAUAAAACCUCCUGUUCCUGCGAAACGAAAAAAUGCUCCGUCUUCUUAUGACACGCCAGCGAAGAGUCAAACUUCACAGCCACAAUCUGUGAGUUACGACAAAAUACCCAUGGUUACCCCAAAACAGCGAAGUCCUUCUUCCUCUUCUUCUUCUUCUUCAGCUCAGUGUUAUGAAACACCAUCAUCAGCAAAGAGUCAACCUUCAGAGUCCCAACCUUUGAGUUCUGAACAAAAACCUCCCAUUCCUCAAAAACGACAAAAUUGUUCUUCUUCUUCAUCUUCUUCCACACCAUCUGUGGUCAUAAACCAAACACCAGAGAGAUACUCUGAGUUACCUCAGCAACCCAAACGGUUAUCAGUCAGCUCCAACGGAGCCUUGGAAGAGAGACCCGUCUCACCGACACUUUCUGGAAACUCCCAGGAUUCCAGGGGAGCAGACCGAACUAACCUCAAACCUGAUCUUCCUCAAAAACAACGAAAUCCUUCGUCUUCUCCUUCAUCCUAUCAAACACCAACGAAUUACCUUGUGUUACCUCAGCAACACAAACGGUUAUCAGUCAGCUCCAACGGAGCCUUGGAAGAGAGACCCGUCUCACCGGCACUUUCUGGAAACUCCCAGGAUUCCAGUGGAACUAACCCUCUGGUUUCUGGCAGACUAACUCCUGUUCCUCACAUUCGACAACUCUCUUUUUCCUCGUCUGAUCUUUACAACGACAGACCAUCCGCAGCCCAGAAUCACACUCCUGAGACACAGCCCCUGAUUCCUGUCAGACCAGCUCCUGUUCCUAGAAAUCGACAACUCUCUUCUUCCUCCUCCAAUCUUUAUUAUGACACACCAUCCACAGCCCAGAAUCCCACUCCUGAGCUCAAACCUGAUCUUCCUCAAAAACAACGAAAUCCUUCGUCUUCUCCUUCAUCCUAUCAAACACCAACGAAUUACCUCAUGUUACCUCAGCAACACAAACGGUUAUCAGUCAGCUCCAACGGAGCCUUGGAAGAGAGACCCGUCUCACCGGCACGUUCUGGAAACUCCCAGGAUUCCAGUGGAGCAGACCGAACUAACUCUGGUUCAGAAUACUACAAUGAGAGUCGCCCUCCAUACAUCAGAGUUAUCCCUGAUAACCCGAAUGACAAGACAUUGACGAGACCUGAACUUCAUCCACAACUACAUCCAACCUUUGAGGUGGACAACCGUGAUUCCAUAUAUGCACUGAACACAGAUGACAUCACUGCGCUCCUGAAAUGGCUCAAAAGAGUAUCCAGUCAAUCAGAUGAUGUUAUAUCACCGAUAUAUGGCCUCGGAUUAGAGGAGGAAAUCAGAUCAUUUGAACAGAAAGCCAUAAACUUGAGAAAGGCGCGGCGCCUCUUCCACCUCCUCAUGAUGAAACGUAAAGAGAGCCUGGAGAAUGGCAUCAAAAACUUCCAGGCCGUCUGUGUCCAACUGGAAAAGGUGAAGAAGACGAACAAGGCCAUGGGGAUUGCUGGAGGCACCACGGGUGCUCUGGGAGGCGUGGCUGCAGUGGUAGGCAUUGCCUUGGCUCCAGUUACCAUGGGCACCUCACUGAUUGUUACGGCUGUUGGGGCUGGUGUUGCAGCAUCAGCUGGAGGUUUUGGCGCUCAUGCGCUGAAAACCAACAAGAAGAUCGUGAAUCGAUCCACCAUGGAGGAACUCGUGAACAACUACAAAUCAGAUGUUGUUGACCUGGAACGCUGCCUCGCUUUCAUCUUCUCAGCGAUGAAAGAGCUACAAAGAUACAACAUUUCACGACUUCAAACGGCUCACCCAGACGCUGUGAGGAUGGCAGAACUGUCGCAGCUAGUUUUUAAAAAUAGCAUGAACACCGAUGGAGGGAUUUCUCUCCUCCAACUUGGUGGGAUGACGUCUGAAAACCUGCUGAAGGCUUUUUCUACUGAGAUUGAUCUUUAUUUCACAGAAAAGAAAGGCCAAAAGCUGAAAAAGUCAGACAAAAGCAAGUUUUCAGGUACGGUUGCCAACCUGAUCAAAAACCUGCAAGCUCAACUUGACCACCUAAUUAAAAUGUGGGAAUCAUUAUGUUGAAUCAAACAGUUCCAAGUGAUUGUUAUUUCAUAUAUGAAGGUAGGUCUACCAGUCAGAGGCUUUUUACUUAAAGCAUCUUCAAGUUUCCUACAAUUAAGGAAUUGGGCAUUGCCUAAUGAUCCAAGAAAACAAGGAAAAAGUAAUUGAGACUUUGAUUUGAACCCCUGACAACCCAACUGGUUGCAUCACUCCCAGUAAAACCAGAGGCUUACCUACAACAGCCACUGAACAACUUCACUUAAGCAACUAGGAAAUGGGGCCUUGUUGAGGCACUACAGUUGAACAAACAUUGCUGGUUCUGAACCAGUCGCCCUGCAGCCAGACCUCCAUGUCAGUAUAUUAUGAUUAUUUUUUUUAUUAUUAUUAUUAUAUUCAUGUUUUUUGUAAAUCAAUAUCUUCAAAUAUCAUCACUUUUGAUCUUUUGAUGCUGUUUAAUGUAUGUAAAAUUAUGACAUUAAAAGGUUGUGGCGAGAGAAACUUUGUUUGUGUCCGAAUUCCUUCACUACUUACUACAUAGUGCAUAAUAGUGUGUUUGCCAUUUUGUAGUGCUGUCUGAACCUCCACUUCCAAAAUCCAGUGUCCUAGAAAUUUCCCUCAAAAAAACUGUGCAUCAAUGCUCACUAGAUUGGCAAAUAUAGACCACAAUGCUUUCCAUUUAAACAAUUUCAAUAGAAAAAAAUUUAUAAGCAAUCCACAUUUUUGUCAUCAUAAUACAAUGGAUUCGUGGAUAGUCUUUGUAAAAUGCUUGUAGUUAACAGGUUUUUACUUUGUGAAAUUGGUGACAUCAAAUUUGCAGUUUAAAAACAAGUAGUGAGCAUGGUGUCUAAACUGCUCUUAAAAUCCAAGCUACUGGAUAAAUAUUUUUUAGCGAUGGAAUUUGGACAAUAUGUUUCUCAUCCCACCACAUCUUCUCAGGGAGACCCCAUGGCUAUGUCUUAAAGCCUUUUUGUUUACUAUUAACUCUAAAGCUCUGCAGUGUGGACCCCUUUUGUAUAUUUCUUUGCUGUGCAAAAUAAUCCUCAUUCCAUCUAUCAUUUACAGAUGUCAGGACUAAUGCCUCCAGCUGCACGUGUCACUUCUGAACUUUCAUACCUUAAUUGUAUUUAUUUCUGUUUGCAUUGAUUUUUGUACGUUUUACCGCAACACAAUUCUAGUGUUUGUUUGUUUGUUUUUUUCUGGACGUUUGACUGAGUGACAUUAGGGCAUUAUUACUCUUCUACCAAGAACAACUUAUUACGAAAACAGAAAAAUAAUAAUCACUUUAUUGCUACUAUGGCGCUAUGUAAUGUAUGUUAAAUAUUUUCAAUAAACUUCGUUGUAAAACGUUGAAAAAUCUAGUGCAAAUUCUUUGGUACAUUAGAAUGAUGGGCGGAGUGGUACUAUGUGAACAAUGCGGAAGGAUACUGUCUGGCACGCACUGUACGCUGCAGCUCUUAUUACCGCCUCACGACGCCGUGCGCCAUUUUUUCUCCAGAGGAAUCCGCAGAGACCGACUCACCUUGUUAGACACAAGUGUUUUGCCGAAAUGGCAGUGUAGACGUGUGCCGCGACCCAGCAGCAACAACAAAA